UUCGAGGAUAAAGUCAUGACUAGCUAACCUGGCCUUGAAUGUCUUAUCAACUUUUUAUUAAGAAAUAAUACAAUAAUUCAUUUUUGUAGCUUACAUAAAAAUAUACCUAAAUUAAAUUACGCUUAAUAAUGGUUUCAAAACUAAUUACUCGAAUAUUAACUUCUCGGCAGUAUAACUUAUUUAAUAGGUACAAUAAUUUUGUAAAAAGCAGAAUGAUGUCUACACAAACUGUGACUUCCUCUGAGUUUCCUACUUUAUCAGAAUUAAAAUAUUGCAUGACCAAAGAUAUGGGAGUUGAUGUGUAUCAACCAAUUCCUAAAGAUCGUUCUCAUUUACUUAAAUAUUUACCAAAAACUCAAAAUGAAUUACCAAAAAGGUCAAUGAAGGAUAGCUUUUUGGUGGGAAUAAUACCACUUUCAUCUGACAAAUUUCUGCAAGAUAAGUACACUACUUUCUUAGGGCAAGUAAGAAUAGGAAGAUUGUUGGAAGAUAUGGAUAUCUUUGCAGUAAUGGUGGGACACAAACACAUAGUAAAUCCAAAUCAAUCAGGAACGGAAAAUUUUCCAUACACUUUGGUUACAGCUCUUGUUGAUAAGAUAGACUUCACUGAUUUUAUACCUAAACCAGCAGAGGAUAUUAAAAUUUCGGGACACGUUAGCUGGGUGGGAAGAUCAUCUUUGGAAGUAGUUGUAUGGCUGGACCAAAAGAUGCAUGGCACUUGGCAUCGUAUUACUAGAGCGCUAUUUCUAAUCGCAGCUAGAGAUUCUCUUAACGAAAAAUCAGCUUCCGUCAAUGCUAUAGAACCGGCUGAUGAAAGAGAAAAAGAAAUUUUAUCUGGAGGAGAAGAGAGGAAGAGGAGAAGAAUGUUUAUGCAACAGAAACAUGUAUCCAAGCUAAUUCCAGAUGGUGAAGAACAACAGAUAAUUCAUAAUUUGUAUAUCCGUACCACUGACAAAGAUAACAGUUUGCGAAACAGGGUGUUACCUCCCGGAUGUGUCUGGAUGAGCACAGCUACGAUUUCGAACACGAUUUUUUCACACCCUGACGAGCGUAACAUGCACAACACUGUUUUUGGAGGGUUCAUCAUGCGGAUGGCAGAAGAACUUGCUUGGGUUCUAGGCUUUACUUUUAGCAAAUACAGGCCCGUACUUAAAAGUAUUAGUGAUAUUAGUUUUCAGAAGCCAAUCGCAGUUAGCUCGUUAAUUAGAAUGCACGCGCAUGUAGUUUACACUCAACUUAACUGGAUACAAAUAUUAGUUUAUGUAGAGGUUUACAAUUCCGUAACAGGAGAUAAUGACACAACCAAUACUUUACAUUUUACCUUCCAAGUACCAGAAUUGGUACAUGAGUGUAUACCACAAACGUAUCAUGAGGCUAUGAUGUACAUUGAUGGUAGAAGACAUUUUCUUGAAGUUACACAGAAACCUAACUCUUUUCCAAGUAAAUUAUAAUAUUAAAUAUAAUUAAAACACUAACUGGAAGAGUGAAAGCCAAUAUCUUCUAAAUAUUGUUUCUGUACAACAUAUCCCAGUUUUAUUAUUGUUGUAAAUUAAUGCAUUUGUGUGAUAGCUAACAUUUUUUGAGGUUGAGGCAUUAUUUUGACAUUAAUAAUUUUACUUUCAAUCAGUUUAGAGUAAUGACGUCACAAUAGGGCUUAUCGGAUUUAAAUUAAAUUUAAACAAUAGGUUAUAUUAUAUAUAGUGCUUUUCAGACAAAACUAUCCACCUUCAAUAACUUUUGAACUAAACGCAAAAACAAGUCAAUUAAUGUAUAACACACGAUACUUGAAGUGAUUAGUUUAUAGGAAAAAUAAAGAUAAAAGCAAGAAAUCUGGACUGAAAAAAGUUAUUUUUUAACAAUUUUAUUACAAACUUUUAGAAUGAACAUUUCACUACCAAAAAUUGUUAAAAUAAUUGUUCAAAAUGACUGCCAUUCACUUCCAUACAAUAGUACAAUCUAUUUUGAAAAUUUUCUUUUGACAUUGCUUAACACGUCUGCAUUUACUUGUCGACAGUCAUUCUCUAUUCUUUGUUGGAAAUGAUCUCGAGAUUCUGGUUGAGUAGCAUAAAUUUUUGUUUUUAAAUAUCUCCAUAAAAAGAAGUCUAGGGAUGUUAAAUCCGAUGAUCUAGGUGGUCAAUCCAUCAUCUGUCCUCUUCUACCUAUCUAACGACCUGGAAAAGUUUCUGUGUGUGAAAUUCACGUACAAUAUGUGGAUCACUCUCAACCCAGUAUCGGCAAUUAUGUCAUGGUUAUGGUUUACCAAACCAUUUAAUGAGAAUGAGUAUUCAUCUGAGAAGCAAAUAUUGUUUAACAAUUGUGGACUGUUAAUGAUGCAUUACUUCGCAAAAUUCGAGACAAAAUCAAAGACAGAUUCAAAAUCUUCUUCAUUUAAUUAUUGUACUAAUUUAAUUUUAUAUGGAUGAAACUUAAAUUUAUAAAGGACUCGGGAGGGAGGCUGUAGAAGAUGAAACACCGAUUGAUCUGCUUAUUGUUGACAGUGACUGUGAUUGCUCAGCCUUUAAGCUAACUUACCCUAAAACAGCUACUUGGAUUGCUUCGAUAUUUACAAGUCCCUGGCGGUUAUGUUUUUUUAUUGAAAACUGACCCUGUUGCUCUAAAUUUCUGCAUCACUUCAAUCACAUACUUAUGAGUUGCAUGUAUAUUGUGGUGUGUUUCAUUAAAAAUUCUAGCAGCAGUUCUUGCACAAUUAUUAUUUUUGUAGUAUAAACCUACAAUUUCGAUUCUUUCUUGCAAAGUGUAAACCAUUUCAGCGAUCAAAUUGCACACGUAUCAAAAUAGGCUGUUACAAGUUAUAACAAAUUGUCAUUGGCUAUUAAUCGAUUAAUAUAAAUUUCCAAGUAAUAUCGAAAAUAUUUGAUAAAACUUUAAUAAAAAGUUAAGUUUUUUGUUUUUUGGGUUUUGAAGGUACUACAAAUAGUACGGUUAAAUAUUUUUUUAAUGGCUUUGGAUUAUUGAUCCAUUCAGCCACGAUAUAUAAUAAAUACUGUUUGCUACAAUAUUAAAUACUAUAUACACAUGGUCAUAUACACAAACUUAUGCACGCACAUACAUAUAUAGGUAUUGUUAAAUAAAAAUUUAAAAAAUUCCAAAAAGGAAGUGUAAACAUUAAAUUGACCUCUAUUUAAACUCUUCAUUCAGGACCCUAACCAACCUAAAUUAAUUUACAAAUAAGAAAUAUACAAAUAAUACUA